AAAAUGGCAGUGAACUCUAUUGAAGAAGAUGAGUACAUAGACAUGGAAAUCACUUCAUUUUCCAACUUCUUGAGCAAUCCCAGAAACUCAAGGGAGUUUGAGUUCCAGAUGUCUUCACUUUCAAUGGAGAGACAACCCACCACUUCCCUACAUGAUCAACUAUUCUACAAAGGCAAGCUUCUUCCCCUCCUCGAAAAUCAGGGUUUUGAGUCGGUUCACAGCUGCGAAAAUGGCGUUUUUGAAGAAUUCUACGGCACCCCAUUGGCCACUGCUACCGUCACGACGCCAACUACGACGAGUACUCCGUUUGAAUCGUGUAAUAUCUCGCCUCGUGAGUCGUGUUUGGUUAGUAGGGAGUUGAAUUCGCUCGAGUACUCAUUGUUGUUCGAGUACUCGAACGAGAUUGAUGUAGGCCGAUAUGUAUGCGAAAUCGAGAAUCCGAAGAAGCCUUGGACUAAAAAGCUUAAGUUGAGCUCGAGGCUAAAGACCUCAAAGUCUUAUCUUAAUGUUUUUUUGGGGAAAUCCGGAUGCUCAAACGAGACAUCCGCAGCUUCAGCUACUAAAGAUGGCAAUAAAGUGUGUAUUCCGAUUCCGAAGUCAAAUCAAAGUCAACUCGGACGAAUCGAUUCGGAUAAAGGGAGGAAAUUGGCCGAUAAUCGGCAUAGGAGGUCGUUUUCGAUGGCAAUCAAACGAUUUUCUUCGAUGAACAAGUCCUCAACUUCUUCAUCAUCGUCUUCUUCUUUGUCCUCAAAUUCGAACGGUUUCCAGUACCUGCAGUUUCUUAGACGCAGCAGCAGCGUGAAUGCUGAGAUGGAGAGUCCGAUUCAGGGGGCCAUUGCACAUUGCAAGCGGUCUCCAAUGAGCUCAAAAAGAAGUCUUGGUGAUGGGUUAUACUCAUUGUCAGCUUCCAAUAUUGCAGUUUCCGAAGGUCAAGAGAGGCCGGACCUUUGGAGAGGCUGA